AGGUGUUAAAGUGUACAGUGAGGUGUUUAAGUGAACAGUGAGGUACAGUGAGGUGUUAAAGUGUACAGUGAGGUGUUUAAGUGAACAGUGAGGUACAGCGAGGUGUUUAAGUGAACAGUGAGGUGUUUAAGUGAACAGUGAGGUACAGUGAGGUGUUAAAAUGGGGAUUCAGGGACUGCUGCAGUUUCUAAAGGAGGCUUCAGAGCCGGUUCAUGUGCAGAAAUACCGCGGACACACUGUGGCUGUAGACACUUACUGCUGGCUGCAUAAAGGAGCUUUCUCCUGUGCUGAGAAACUGGCUAAAGGAGAACCUACAGACCAGUUUGUAUUGUACUGUAUGAAGUUGGUGGACAUGCUCCUGUCCUAUGGUGUUAAACCGGUGCUGGUGUUUGAUGGACGAAACCUUCCAUCAAAACAGGAAGUGGAGAAAGCUCGACGAGAACGUCGUCAGGCCAACCUACAGAGAGGCAAGCAGCUGCUGCGAGAGGGGAAAGUGGCUGAGGCUCGAGACUGUUUCACACGCUGUGUUAAUGUCACACCCUCCAUGGCACAGCAAGUUAUUAAGGCAGCAAGGGCACGUGGUGUGGACUGUUUGGUGGCUCCGUAUGAAGCUGAUGCUCAGUUGGCGUUCCUGAAUAAAUCAGGAAUCGCUCAGGCCAUCAUCACUGAGGACUCAGACUUGCUGGCAUUCGGUUGUAAAAAGGUUAUAUUAAAGAUGGAUAAGCAGGGGAACGGUCUGGAGAUAUCACAGUGUCACCUGGGCCGCUGCCGCUCUCUGGGAGACGUCUUUACCGAGGAGAAGUUCCGCUACAUGUGUAUCCUGUCAGGGUGCGAUUACCUUCCAUCACUUUACGGCAUUGGUCUGGGGAAAGCAUGCAAGCUGCUCAGGAUGGCCAACAAUCCCGAUAUCCUCACGGUGAUCAGAAAGCUUGGUCAGUACCUAAAGAUGAACAUCACCGUACCUGACGAGUACAUCGAUGGCUUUGUUAAGGCCAACAACACGUUCCUCUAUCAGCUCGUCUUUGACCCCAUCAACAGAAAAGUAUUGCCUCUUAACCCUUACCCAGAAAACCUGGACCCCAGCACGCUCAGCUACGCCGGAGUGAACGUUGGAGAUAAGCAGGGCCUGCAGAUGGCUCUGGGUAACGUGGACAUUAACACUAUGGAAAGGAUCGACGAUUUUAAUCCCGAUGCUCCUGUAACACGGCCUGUUAAAGCUCCUCGCAGUCGAGGCUGGAGUGACCCUGCCUCGGUCUCCACCUCACCUCGGGUCAGUAUCUGGGGCAGAGGUUAUGUACCAGGCAGCGUCCAGCCCCAGACUCCAUCAUCCCCUCAGAGACCUACUCAAACCAGAAGCAAGGACACCGUCGUGUCCCUGCGGGGCCUCAAACUGCCCCACAGAGAACCACCGGUCAAGAGACCACGACAAGACUCUGCUGUUUCAGACGAAGACAUGUUAAAGCAGUACUCAUCCAAUACAAAGAAACUGUGCACAGUAACCAUGGAAACAAAGAACAGCAUUCCUAAGGAGACAAAACAUUUCCAGAGAGAGCCUCCUCGGCCCCGGAACCGAUUUGCCACACUGCUGCAGUGGAGGAACCAAUUAGAGGAUGGGGAUGGAGAGCAGGAGGGAACACGCAGCAGGUUCUUUGCGAGCUCUGAUAUCACUGAAACUGAAUCUAAUGAAUCAAAGGAAGAAUCCGAUAACUGUAAGGAAUCGGACCACGCCCUGUCGCUAGCUGGAGAAACACUCAGCACACAGAGGGAGACAGAGAUGCCACCGCAGCACACCAGCCUGAGUGCUUUCAGCUGGUCCUGCAGCUCCACAGAAACUUCCAGACCCAUAUCCUUAACAUCAGACCGACCCAGAACUCCAAGCAUGUCCUCAGGCCUCUCUGUCCUGCACCAGUUCCAGAGGAAGAAGGAGAACCUCACCUGGGCACAGAGUGAAUCUCCUCAGCACUCUGCACCCUGCUCUCCUACAGAGGGCGCUGUUGAUACUGAAACGCCUCCAGGUUCUCCUCCGUCUCAGGACAGUGCGUAUUUCUCUCAGUCCUGCAGCAGCCACUCCAUCAGUGAGGACUUCAUCACCGGCACUCCGAGUGCAACAACCUCACCCGAGACGGAGAAGGAUCUGUGGAGGGAUUCAGGAUGUUCUGUGACUCUCAGUGAGGUGUCUGCAAUGGAUGAGGUCAGAUCUACACCCACCAGGACCAAGGUGUCCGGUUUGUCCCGAAUCCGUCCCAUCGGUCAGGGGAAGGGCAGUAAGAUCCGCCCCUCUGCUCCGGCCAGGGCGAGUGGUUUGAGGAAGGCUCAGGGGAAGAAGGUCACCAAUGAGAACAGUCCAGGACUGCAGGCCACCAUCAGCGGUCUGUGGAAAAACUUCAGCUUUAACAAGGAGAACCCAAAGUUAAACCCCUGUAAGAAAGGAGAACCCAUGUCUCCGGUGAAGGACAAUGUGCAGUAACAUGAUGGUCACUACCUCAGGAUGAGUGUGUGAACUGGUGUCAUAGAGCUGUAGAGUGGGCAUCCCUUAGUGCUCUCACUUACACUUGUGCUCUCUCACACACACACACACUCUCUCUCUCUCUCUCUCUCACACACACACACACACACACACUGUCUCUCUCUCUCUCUUGCACACUCUCUCACACAUACACACACACACACACACACUCUUUCUCUCUCUCUCUCUCU